UUAGAUGAAAUAGAGACGGUCUACGUUUUCUUCUUUGUAACUAUCCUCUGAUCCUCUCCAUCUUCGUCUCUUUUAAUACGAGCGAUCUGUUAAAAUCUUUUCUCUCUUUCUUUUGCUCGACUAUGUGAUUUAUCGCUCGCUCUACUUUCCUCUGCAUCUAAACACCAACUUUACUUACGCGUUUGAGUUUUUCUCUGUGAAUUAUCCAAUUAAGGGAGGUCUUUGAGGCAGCUGCUUCUAUGCCAUUUUGUAGAGGACUUGGUGUCUUUUUAGGUCCCUAGAACGAUUGUGUUGUAACUCAUUCAUGCCGGUCUGCUUGAAUAUGGGCGAGUCUAAGGGGAAUGGGAAAGUAGGACCAAAGAAUCCAAAUGCAAAUUCUUACAACGUCUCCCUUGAGCUGUCUCCAGUUGUUUCUUUUUGGGAUUGUAUUGUCCGCACGAUGAGGUAUUCCUAUAUACCAGAGUGGGUGUAGUUCUCGAGAUCCUCUACGUCAUCGAGAGUUUAGUGCAGCUAUUUAGUUAGAGUUAUAGAAUUUAUAGCCAAAUCAAUCAUGGAUCACACGUUAUGCAAGCAAGUUCAGCCGGUCGCUAGGAAAGGGAAGAAGAAACAUGUUAAAGAUGAAUUUGAUCGUGUCAAACAAGCUGAGAAGAAAAAGAGACGUCUGGAGAAAGCUCUCGCUACUUCUGCAGCCAUCCGGGCUGAGCUGGAAAAGAAGAAGCAGAAGAAGUUGGAAGAACAACGAAGGUUAGAUGAAGAAGGAGCUGCAAUCGCAGAAGCUGUUGCUCUGCACGUCCUACUGGGAGAAGAUUCUGAUGAUUCAUCUCGAGUCACGCUUGGCGAUGAAAAGGGUUUCAAGAUGGAUCUGUUUAGAGACGACAAAGCCAGUUAUGUUCCUCGCCAAAGUUGUGCUAGCUAUGCGGUUCAAGGGAUUGGGUUUGUGUCAAACGGUUAUGGACUAGGAGAUAGAAACUGGUCGCCAUUCAGGAGUGAUGCUUGGGAUAACAAUAUGGGAAUAUCAGCUGAUUUGAUUGCUGCUCAAGCUGUCUCGUCGCUAAAGAUAUCUGAAAACACUGAGGGGAACGCCUUUCUGUUCAACGGGAUGUUCCGGGGAUGACAAGUGCCAUGAAGCCAGAUGUGGUUGCUAAAAUAAGCUUGUGUAUUAGUAUAAGUAGCGAAUUGUUGUUUAUUUCAAAAACCCUUUUGGUUGCUUCGGUGUGAGAAUGCUCUGUUGUUUUUCUCUUUAUACUGUGUUUUAUUUCCAUGUAUCAUUACAGACGCAUUGCGAGUGUUUUAUUCAUCAAUACAUGUUUAAAUAUCUUCA